ACAAGAAACCUUGGAGGAAGAACGGCUUUAAAGAUCAAAAGCAUGAUGACUCCUGAUGAAAACAUCACCAAAUGAUGAACCCACGAGCAAAAAGGAACUUCUACUUGGCGGCACCUGACUUGCUGGAUCCUAAAUCUGCCGCUCAGAACUCCAAACCGAGGCUCUCGUUUUCCACGAAACCCACAGUGCUUGCUUCCCGGGUGGAGAGUGACACGACCAUUAAUGUUAUGAAAUGGAAGACGGUCUCCACGAUUUUCCUGGUGGUUGUCCUCUAUCUGAUCAUCGGAGCCACCGUGUUCAAAGCAUUGGAGCAGCCUCAUGAGAUUUCGCAGAGGACCACCAUUGUGAUCCAGAAGCAAACAUUCAUAUCCCAACACUCCUGUGUCAAUUCCACGGAGCUGGACGAGCUCAUCCAGCAAAUAGUGGCAGCAAUAAAUGCAGGGAUUAUACCUUUAGGAAACACCUCCAAUCAAAUCAGUCACUGGGAUUUGGGAAGUUCCUUCUUCUUUGCUGGCACUGUUAUUACAACCAUAGUCUCAGUUUUGGAAUCCCCAAAUUCAAAGUGGAAUGUUAGUCAGACCAAGAUUCGCAUCAUCUCAACAAUUAUAUUUAUCCUAUUUGGCUGUGUCCUCUUUGUGGCUUUGCCUGCAAUCAUAUUCAAGCACAUAGAAGGCUGGAGUGCCCUGGACGCCAUUUACUUUGUGGUUAUCACUUUGACAACCAUUGGAUUUGGUGACUACGUUGCAGGUAAGUCUGAUAUUAAACAUUGCAUUAUGUUUUUCUUACCACAAAUUUUUUGGCUUCUACCUGGUAUUGCAUUUUUCCUCCUAGAAAUUUCAUUGUCUUUACUUGGUAUCAUUUCAAGGAAGGUCAAAGAAUAUGUGGGAGAGUUCAGAGCACACGCUGCCGAGUGGACAGCCAACGUCACCGCAGAAUUCAAAGAAACCAGGAGGCGGCUGAGCGUGGAGAUCUACGACAAGUUCCAGCGUGCCACCUCCAUUAAGCGGAAGCUCUCGGCAGAACUGGCUGGCAACCAUAAUCAGGAGCUGACUCCUUGCAGGAGGACCCUGUCAGUGAACCACCUGACCAGCGAGAGGGAUGUCUUGCCUCCCUUACUGAAGACUGAAAGUAUCUAUCUGAAUGGUUUGACACCACACUGUGCUGGCGAAGAGAUUGCUGUGAUUGAGAACAUUAAAUAGCCCUCUCUUUGAAGAGCCUUAGGCGUGGCAUAGCCAUAGGUGAGGACUUCUAUAUGCUCUUUAUGACUGUUGCUGGUAGCAUUUUAAAAAUUGUGCAUGAGCUCAAAAGGGGGAAA